AUGUUGGUCUCCUUGACAGUUGGCAAGGUUGACGCGGGUGUCGCAGUCCUCCUCACCCAAGAUAAUCGACUCAUCGAGUUUCCCUCGGUUCUCCUCCCAGACAACAUUGCCUCCGGCAGCAUUGUCGACAUCACCGUCUCGCGCAACCAUGCGGCCGAAACAGCAAACGCAUCUGCCUUCCAGACCCUCCAGAAACGAAUCCUCAACACCUACGGCGUCAAAGCCCCUUCAGCGCCGAUUCUGCGCCUGCGAAAUGCAACUCAGACUUCCCUCGUGCUCGAGUGGGACCCAAUCGAUCUGGCGACUGCGUCCCUGAAAUCGCUCUCCCUCUAUCGCAAUGGCUCCAAGGCCGGCUCGAUACCUCGCCCCCUCGAAACUCGCAGCACCAAAAUCAGUGGUCUCGCGAUCCACUCCGAAUACUCUUUCCACCUGGUCCUGCGCACUACAGCCGGUACCUACCAGUCGGAGAAGCUGACGUGUCAAACCCACAAGAUGACCGACUUGUCGGGUAUCACGGUCACAACAGGUAUUCUGGAUCCGCAGCAAAAGGAGGCGCUCGGAGCUGCGCUGGACCGCAUUGGCGGGAAAAUGAUCGACACCGUCCGCAUCGAUACCACGCACUUUGUUUGCACGGAGGGCCGGGGCCAAUUGUGGGAGAAGGCCGUGAGCAUGAAUAUUCCCGUCGUUGUACCGGAGUGGGUGGAUGCUUGCGAAACAGAAGGUACCAUUGCCGGUGUGCGUGGCUACUAUCUCAAUGCAGACCCCAAGGCCCGACAACUGGGUGUGAUUCACGGCUCGUCACACCAGCGUACUACUUCUACUCUCUCCACUGCGACCCCAUCUCUAGGCAGACCUAGCUCUCAGCCCCAGCGCAGCCCAUUGCAAGAGCAGGUGCCUGAGGAACCUCCUUUGACUCCUUUCCCCGGAGGUGACAUGAGUGGCCAGCCCCAGGCGCAGGCUGAAGAAGUUGAGUCGGAAGACGGGCAAGAUGUCCCGCCCCCUUCGCCUCCGCCCAAGGAUGAUGCUGAGAGCUCAAAGGAGGUUGUUGAGAAUGGGGCUGAUUCGGCAGACGCUCCGGAUCCAAAGGAUAGCGAGUCAGAGGCUUUUGCUGAAAAGAGUAGUGAUGACACAGAUAAAGAACAGACUCUUCCACAGAACAGGCCCGAGGGCGAUUCCGAUGCCAGCUCUGGGAAUGCGAAGAGCAAAGGCAAAGAGGGUGACGAUUUCAACGAAGUGCCACUGUGA